GUGGUCGUUUGUGACCAAAAGAGGGCGCCCAGAAUCCCCAGGCCUAUCCCCACCCCCUGCCCGGCCCCUUUCCUGCUUUUCUCCCCACCCGCCAACAGCACCCGCCAUUCUCCUGCUGAAGACAACGCAAAUUCUCAGGCAGGGUGUUCUCAUCAGCCUGGCUUUGAACUGCAGGCACACCCCCAUCGAGCAUGGCCAGUGUGGAUCAGCAUGAGGGCACCAUCCAGGUGCAGGGCCAGGGACUCUUCUUCAGAGAGGCUCGGCCUGGCAAUGGGCAGGCUGCUCGGUUUUCUGUGCUGCUGUUGCAUGGUAUCCGCUACUCCUCUGAGACCUGGCAGAACCUGGGUACUCUGCAUAGGCUGGCCGAGGCUGGCUACAGGGCUGUGGCCAUUGACCUACCAGGUCUUGGGCAUUCCAAGGAAGCAGCAGCUCCUGCUCCUAUUGGGGAAUUGGCCCCUAGCAGCUUCCUAGCAGCUGUGGUGGAUGCCUUGGAGCUGGGACCCCCAGUUGUGAUCAGUCCAUCACUAAGUGGCAUGUAUGCACUGCCCUUCCUGGUGGCUCCUGGGUCCCAACUCCGGGGCUAUGUACCAGUGGCUCCCAUCUGCACAGACAAAAUCAAGGCUGCUGACUAUGCCAGUGUUAAGACCCCAGCUCUGAUUGUAUAUGGAGACCAGGACCCCAUGGGUUCCUCCAGCUUUCAACAUCUGAAGCAGCUACCCAACCACAGAGUGCUGGUCAUGGAAAAGGCGGGGCAUCCUUGCUACCUGGACAAGCCUGAUGAGUGGCACACAGGGCUGCUGGAUUUCCUACAGGGGCUAGCAUGAGGCUCAGUCCUGCCUGCUCUGGGAUCUCCCACUGUCUUUUGGUCUCUGGCUUGAACCUCGCCUGCAACAGGUCUGUCUAUACAUCUGCCUGGGUUCCUGUCAUUUCUGCUUUUCUCUUGCAGUGACAGAUCAGAUCAAGGAGGUACAAUCAAGUGGAACCAGAUUCAAGGGGAGAAAUCUGAUUUCGGGUAAUCUCUGAGCUUCUCCUACAGGCUCCUUGCUUGGCUUUCGAUGCUUUACUGUUCUUUUCCUUUACCUCCUUCUUCAGCUGCUCUGCAGGCCAGACCUUCCCUGCACUCCCUCACCCCUCUCAGGCCACAGAAAACACACAUGUAUGAAUGCUUGUUUAGAGUCAUCCCACACCCAAACAGAGCCCUUCCCUUGGGACCAGUACAUGGGUCCACAUGACUGGAAUGAUACCCCCCCCCCCCCUUUCUUUUUUUUUUUUUUUUUUCGAGACAGGGUUUCUCUGUAGCUUUGGAGGCUGCCCGGGAACUCCCUCUUGUAGACCAGGCUGGUCUCGAAUUCACAGAGAUCCACCUGCCUCUGCCUCCCGAGUGCUGGGAUUAAAGGCGUGUGCCACCAACGCCGGGCGAUACCCCCAAUCUUGUACAGCUUUGCAUCACAUGCUUGCCCAUGUACACGGGCAAUUCCCUGUGAAGGAAGGUGAGAACCGUUUUAUGGGCCAGGCUUUGUAAAAGACUCACUUGCCAGGAUAAGGACGUGGCUAGCCCUAGGUUUUUCUCACCCACACGUUGAAACCGGUCCCAGACCAGAAUUGCUUCCUCAGAAGGGGAGGUACACCCCUCUGACUUUCAAAUAUCCCCAUUUAUCUUUUCCCCUUCUUUUUUGGGGGGGGGGGGGCUGCACACCUCCCCGGGUCAUCAGGCCUGAAUCUUCUCAGCCAAACCUGUUUUCUGCUGUGAGGUUUGGGGGUGGGAUGGGGAGACCGACUGUGGAAGUCCCUGAAAUAAAGUGAUGCAAUUAGCCCUCA